CAGCUAUCGAACCAAACCAAAGUACCAAACCCCUCGGCGGCUAAAACCCUAGCUCUCUCCCGCCGCCGGCGAGAGUCCGCGGCCAUGGAGCACCUCCGGUGGCGCCCCUCGGUGAACGAGCGCGAAUUCAUCGAGAGCGCGCUCCAGUCCGACCUCCGCGUCGACGGCCGCCACUCCUUCGACUUCCGCAAGCUCAAGAUCAGCUUCGGCAGGGAGGACGGGUCGUCGGAGGUGCAGCUCGGGGAGACGCACGUGCUGGGCUACGUGACCGCGCAGCUGGUGCAGCCCUACAGGGACAGGCCGAACGAGGGGACGCUGGCCAUAUUCACCGAGUUCUCGCCCAUGGCCGACCCCGCCUUCGAGCCUGGGCGUCCAGGGGAAUCAGCAAUUGAGCUUGGCCGAGUCAUCGACCGUGGCCUCAGGGAGAGCCGGGCUGUGGACAUGGAGUCCCUGUGUGUUGUUGCUGGGAAGCAUGUCUGGUCCGUGCGUGUUGACCUUCACAUCUUGGAUAACGGAGGGAAUCUCAUUGAUGCAGCUAACAUUGCUGCAUUGGCAGCUUUGUCUACUUUCCGGAGGCCGGAAUGCACAGUUGGUGGGGACGAUGGUCAACAAGUUAUAGUGCAUGAUCCUGAGGUCAGGGAUCCACUCCCUCUUACAAUUCAUCAUAUGCCCAUUGCUGUAACCUUUGCAUAUUUUGGUGAAGGUAACAUCGUGGUUGUUGAUCCCACAUACAAGGAAGAAGCAGUAAUGGGAGGGAGGAUGACUGCUACGAUUAACUCAAAUGGUGAUAUUUGUGCCAUCCAGAAAGCUGGUGGGGAAGGUGUCAUGUCAAGUGUUGUCAUGCAGUGUUUAAGAAUUGCUUCAGUUAAGGCUGCUGAUAUAACAAGCAAAAUAAAGAAAGCAGUAGACUCAUACACCACUGAGAAAGCUUUAAAGAAAGUAAAGCGUUUGCCAGCCUCAUUGCCUCGGAAAGUUAUUGUAACUGAUGUAACUAUGGAGGACAAAGGUGAUGAUGAAUUGGAGACGCAAGCUGUGAAGACACCCAGUGAUGCUCAGGAGAAAAGCAAAGGUGAUGAGGACCGUCAAAAUAUAAAAGGGAAUUCACCCUUGACUGGGGACAGAAUUGCUAAACACAAACAAACAUCAACAUUCAGUGGUGGUCCAUCAAAUUGGGACCCAUAUUCUAAAGGAGUUUCAUUAAGCUCCCUCAGAAUUUCGCAGUUGACGGAUCUGGCAACUACGGUUAAGGCCAGCAGCCAUGAGGAUGCCCAACCAAUGUUAACUGAAUCAGCUAAUGCCGAGGUGAAAAUCACAUUAAGCUCUGGGGCUGCUGGAGAGUCUGAAGAGGCCCAGGAAAUUGGGUCGCCAAAGAGCCUAAAAGAUGCCAUCAAACCAAAACACAAAAGAAAGAAGAACAAAAAGUGACAGGAGUUAGAUUAAUUGCAAGCCUGUAAUUUCAUGCCUAAGUUGUAUGUUACAGUUACGAGUACUCUAAUGCUGAUUCCCCCCUAAAAGAAAGGUGAUGGCAUCGUUCUGCAGGUAAAUCAAAGAUAGCCUACAACUCCUAUUCAAAUUCUCCUGACUGAUGGUUCUUCACAGGAGUGGCAUACAUGGGUUAUUUAUUCUGUGUUUUUAGUUGUUACUGAUGCAAGUGACUACAGGCAAAUUUUGUACAAGCUGUACAAUUGUAUUCUAGGAAUGUUCAAGUUUUCAGUCAACCUUGCAACUAUCCUUGUGAUGCAUGAUGUCCCUGUCACUCUUUAUUCCAUGUUCUGCUCGAGUGUUUGUAUUGAGCAGCGAUGCUGAAAUGGAAUCUCUUCAGGACCGUUGCGCUCGACCCUAUCAUUAAUCCAUCAAUUUAUGUGUCAACGGUCGUCAAAAA